AUCCACAAAAGUGGUAGUUCGUACACCUGAUGGGAGAGACAGUCUAGAAGGCAAAGCAACAAGUCUUGAACCGCACACUACUCCGCAAGCCUCAACGUACAUUACAGUGUAAGCCGCAAUCAACGGUUUGGUUUUAAUAAUAUUACUAUCACCGGUUGCAUUACCUACAUUUACAGUGACUAUUUUAGUGUUUGAACAACUUAAGUGCAAUCAGCGGAACUUUAGUUUUGGUCAAUAAAUAUAGACAAAACAUGUCUGAGGUAGACGUCCAAUCAGAAUUGGACCUUGGUGAACCUCCGCAAGAAUUGCUGGAUUGGGCGCUAGAGAAUCUCAAUGAAAAUCCAGAGACUAGGGAGCAAGUUCUGCAAGAUUUUAGGGAUAUGAUUUUCGAAAGAGGUGAAUGUAUUCCUCACAGGACAGACGACGCAUUUUUGCUACGAUUUCUUAGAGCGAGACAGUUUGUAAUAGGCAGAGCACACAGACUGUUUGUUAAUUACUAUGACUUUAAAGAAAACAACCCAGAAUUCUUUAAAGAUGUCAGUUUGAAGCAUAUGCUUAAAAUGGGAGACGACAGUAUCAUUACAGUUCCCCCAUACAGAGAACAAAAUGGUAGAAGGAUUUUACUAUACAGGUGGGGUAAUUGGGAUCCAGCUAAAUUUUCUUCAGACGAAAUUUUUGCAGCGACUAUGUUAGUAUUAGAACUGGCUAUACUUGAACAAAGGGCUCAAAUUCUAGGCGGAAUCGGCAUGUGGGACCUCGGCGGUCUCUCCUUAAAACAAGCAUGGCACAUGACGCCAUCUGUAGCCAGCAAAGUUGUACAAGUAAUGGUGACUUCCUUUCCAAUGAAGAUAGAAGCUCUUCACAUUGUCAAUCAAUCCUGGGUAUUUGAUAUGUGCUACAAUAUUUUUAAACCGUUUUUAGAUGACAAGAUGAAGGAGAGGAUAUUUUUCCACGGCGAAGACAUGGAAAGUCUACACCGACAUAUCGAUCCAAAACAUUUACCCGAAAGAUAUGGAGGAAUACAUCCCGACUAUAACUACAACGACUGGAUAGAAGGCUUUCUCAGUAACGAUCAAAUCAAGAAAGAGUUGACUUCUUUGGGAUAUAAAUAUAAAGAUGAUGAUGAAAGUGAUAGUGAAGUUGAAAGUAAAGACAAGCUAGAAAAUGAUGAGCAGUGAUAAUGCAUCGACUAAAAAAAGUUGUGACAUCUAAUGAUUUUAAAAACACUGCCUAAAGCUACUACAGAUCUCGGUAGCUAAAGUAGCCUUGCACAAUGCUUUGGUCCAGUUGGUGGGAUUAGGAUAGAAGCUUUGCUGAUCUGUUAUUUAUUGCAGUUUAAGUUAGCUAUUAUUUGUAUUCGCUAAAGAAAUUGUAGCUAAGGAUAGAUUUUGUUUGCUUUUUUAUAAAGUAUUAAUGUUUAAGAAUAAUGCAUAUUAUUAAAUUAUUUUUAAAAUA